UAGAGAGGGGGGCGGAGUUUCCACGGGCUGUGGGUGACCCUCCACGUAGCGGACUGGAGCCUGGGGUCCUAAAAGGAAUUCUCUUCAAAAGUAUUGCUGUCUUCAGCACUGCCUGCUUUGCUGGUUUGUUUAUUUAUUUACGUGGAAAACCGAGCGCUUUUAUCCCCGCUUAGCGACACACUGAGCGUCCCGGAAUGAAGCAGGGAAUUGCCACCCUUUAGCCGAACGGAAACAGGAGCAGGAUCCUGAGAAGUACGGUGGCCGCGAGGGGAAGUGGCAAACAUGGCGGCCUCCGUUGCUGUGAUGGCCCAGCGAGUCUGCAGUUCGGGAGUCCUCAGGACCGCGUGGAGAGGUUGCAUCGUGAUUCCGGGAUCUAGGGUCGGUUGCCAGUAUUCAGCUCUGGCAUGUGCUUUGCCGACUCAUUGCUACAUUUCUACCCCUCGUGAUGUAAGAGUGCAACAGAGCAGGCAGAGCAGCUUUUUCAACAAACUGACGGCUGAUCAGCUCUGGAAAGGAGUUCUGGCAGAGACUGGGGCCAGUGGAAGGAAAGGAAGAGGGAAGAGGACCAAGAGAAGGUUAAAGAAGGAUCUCAAUAGAGGCCAGGUCAUUGGGGAAGGACGCUCGGGAUUCCUUUGGCCUGGUCUCAAUGUUCCAGUGAUGAGGCAAGGAACAGUCCAGGCAAUUGGUCAACGAGGUAAAGAGGAGCAGGAGAUGCUGCAGACUGAAAGGAUCCGUCAGCGGGAUGAAUGGGAUAAAAGAAGAAAAAUGAGGGUGAAGAGAGAGAGAGGAUGGACUGGGAACUCCUGGGGAGGUAUCAGUCUAGGACCACCUGAUCCGGGUCCUAAUGGAGAAACCUACGAAGAUUUUGACACUAGAGUGAUUGAGGUGAAAAGUGUGUUUAAUAUGACAGCAAAGGAAGGAAGGAAAAGAUCUGUUAGUGCUUUGGUGGCGGUUGGAAAUGGAAAGGGGGCUGCUGGUUUCGCAUUGGGGAAGGCAGCUGACAGGGUGAUUGCAUUAAGAAAGGCAAAGAACAGAGCCAUUCACUAUUUACACUAUAUUGAAAGAUAUGAAGAUCACACAAUUUAUCAUGAUAUUUCAUCAAGUUUUAAAAAAACAACCAUUCGGAUGAAGAAGCAAAACAAGGGAUAUGGUCUUCGCUGUCACCGAGCUAUCAUUACCAUCUGCAAACUGAUUGGGAUUAAAGAUAUGUAUGCCAAGCUUUAUGGAUCCAAUAAUUUGCUAAAUCUUACCAGAGCACUUUUCAAGGGAUUGGCAAAUCAGGAAACUCACCAAGAUAUAGCAAAUAAGAAAAACCUCUAUGUCGUAGAACUUCGCGAGGAGUGUGGUCCCCUGCCCAUCGUGGUUGCUAGACCCAAGGGAGCGAUCAGGGAAGAUCCUGAGCCUGUGGAUGAAGUUCCUGACAUCAAGUUGGAAUGGAAUGAAGUGAAGGCAGCACAAGGAAUGAAGAAGAGCAUCUGGGCAAAUGUCAGAAGAACAGUUUGGUAGAGUGGAGCAGUAUUUCAGUGCACAAAACUAGGGAUGUUCCAGGAUAAAUGCACCAUAAGAAAAUACUUGCCCUUUGCAAAUGAGCAUGGGGUGACGCUUCCUUCUGGUUUCUCUUGAUAACUGUUGCAGCCAUUGUCACUUGGGGGCUCAGAAAGACUUGGCCAUCUCUCUUCAGUUGCCUAUUUCCAAUGCAAGUGGCUGAUGUUCCUACAGGCUGUGAAAAGGGAAGUGUUUAAUUUCAUAAACACAUCCACUCUGUUGCUGCCAUUCUGGGGAGCGGGGUGAAGAAUCUGUUAUCAGCUGGUCUUUUUCACAAAUCAUUUGAGGAAGCUGUCAAACAUAGUGUCAGAAAUAAAGUUACAAUCAAAUGCCAA